CGCGGCUCUGGGCCUGCGCGUGCGGGAGUCAGGGGUCACGGCGGCGUAGUCUGUGGCGGGAAGCGCUGUUUGAAGCGGGAUGCAUGAAAAGCGGCGGCCGGGCCCGGGGCCCGGGGUGCCCCCGAAGCGGGCCCGUGGGGGUCCCUGGGAGGAGGAAGAGGCGCUCCGGCCAUCCCAGUUUGAGGAAGAGCUGGCGCUGAUGGAGGAGAUAGAGGCAGAGCGCCGACUGCAGGAGCAGGAGGAGGAGGAGCUGCAGCCAGCCCUGGAGCAGGCUGCGGACAGGCAGUUCUCUUUAGAGGCAGUAGAUUCCCGCUGGCUUCGGCCCACCCCACGCCCCCUGGACCCCGACACGGAACCCCUCAUCUUCCAGCAGUUGGAGAUUGACCAUUAUGUGGGCCCAGCCCGGCCCCUGCCUGGGGUGCCCUCACCGCCCCACAGCUCCGUGCCUGUGCUCCGUGCCUUUGGGGUCACUGACGAGGGUGUCUCCGUCUGCUGCCACAUCCACGGCUUUGCGCCCUAUUUCUACACCCCUGCGCCCCCUGGCUUUGGGCCCGAGCACCUGGAUGACUUCCAGCGGGAGCUGAAUGGGGCCAUCAGCCGGGACCAGCGCGCGGGGAAGGAGCUCAAGGGGCCUGCUGUGCUGGCUGUGGAGCUGUGCUCCCGGGAGAGCAUGUUUGGGUACCACGGGCACGGCCCCUCCCCGUUCCUGCGCAUCACCCUGGCCUUGCCCCGCCUUGUGGCCCCCGCCCGCCGCCUCCUGGAGCAGGGUGUCCGUGUGGCAGGCCUGGGCACCCCCAGCUUCGCACCCUACGAGGCCAACGUUGACUUUGAGAUCCGGUUCAUGGUGGACGCCGACAUCGUGGGCUGCAAUUGGCUGGAACUCCCUGCUGGGACAUAUGUCCUUAGGACAAAGGGGAAGGCCACCCAUUGUCAGCUGGAGGCAGAUGUGCUCUGGUCGAAAGUGGUCAGUCACCCACCAGAAGGGGAGUGGCAGCGAAUCGCGCCCCUGCGUGUGCUCAGCUUCGACAUCGAGUGUGCCGGCCGCAAAGGCAUCUUCCCUGAGCCCGAGCGGGACCCUGUGAUCCAGAUCUGCUCACUGGGCCUGCGCUGGGGAGAGUCGGAGCCCUUCCUGCGCCUGGCGCUCACGCUGCGCCCCUGCGCCCCCAUCCUGGGCGCCAAGGUGCAGAGCUACGAGCGGGAGGAAGAGCUGCUCCAGGCCUGGUCCACCUUCAUCUGCACCAUGGACCCCGACGUGAUCACUGGCUACAACAUCCAGAACUUUGACCUUCCGUACCUCAUCUCCCGGGCCCAGCACCUCAAGGUGGACACCUUCCCCUUCCUGGGCCGUGUGGCCAGCCUCCGUUCCACCAUCCGGGACUCCUCCUUCCAGUCGAAGCAGACCGGCCGGCGGGACAGCAAGGUGGUCAGCAUGGUGGGCCGUGUGCCCAUGGACAUGCUGCAGGUGCUGCUGCGGGAGUACAAGCUCCGCUCCUACACACUCAACGCCGUGAGCUUCCACUUCCUGGGCGAGCAGAAGGAGGAUGUGCAGCACAGCAUCAUUACCGACCUACAGAACGGGAACGACCAGACACGCCGCCGCCUGGCGGUGUACUGCCUCAAGGAUGCCUUCCUGCCCCUGCGGCUGCUGGAGCGGCUCAUGGUGCUGGUGAACGCCAUGGAGAUGGCACGCGUCACUGGCGUGCCCCUGGGCUACCUGCUCACCCGUGGCCAGCAGGUCAAGGUGGUGUCCCAGCUGCUGCGGCAGGCCAUGCGCGAGGGGCUGCUGAUGCCCGUGGUGAAGACAGAGGGUGGCGAGGACUAUACGGGAGCUACGGUCAUUGAGCCCCUCAAAGGGUACUACGACGUCCCCAUCACCACCCUGGACUUCUCCUCUCUGUACCCAUCCAUCAUGAUGGCCCACAACCUGUGCUACACCACGCUGCUGCGGCCCGGGGCCGCCCAGAAACUGGGCCUGACCGGGGACCAGUUCAUCAAGACGCCCACUGGGGAUGAGUUUGUGAAGACAUCGGUGCGGAAGGGGCUGCUGCCCCAGAUCCUGGAAAACCUGCUUAGCGCCCGGAAGAGGGCCAAGGCCGAGCUGGCCAAGGAGACAGACCCCCUGCGGCGGCAGGUCUUGGACGGGAGGCAGCUGGCACUGAAAGUGAGCGCCAACUCUGUGUACGGCUUCACUGGUGCCCAGGUGGGCAAGCUGCCAUGCCUGGAGAUCUCACAGAGCGUCACUGGGUUCGGGCGCCAGAUGAUCGAGAAAACAAAGCAGCUGGUGGAGUCCAAGUACACGCUGGAGAACGGCUACAGUGCCACUGCCAAGGUGGUGUACGGGGACACUGACUCUGUCAUGUGCCGGUUUGGCGUCUCCUCGGUGGCUGAGGCGAUGGCUCUGGGGCGAGAGGCUGCUGACUGGGUGUCGAGCCACUUCCCCCACCCCAUCCGGCUGGAGUUUGAGAAGGUCUACUUCCCCUACCUGCUCAUCAGCAAGAAGCGCUAUGCGGGUCUGCUCUUCUCUUCCCGGCCGGACACCCAUGACCGCAUGGAUUGCAAGGGCCUGGAGGCCGUGCGCAGGGACAACUGCCCCCUAGUGGCCAACCUUGUCACUGCCUCACUUCGCCGCCUGCUCAUUGACCGAGACCCCCAGGGCGCCGUGGCUCACGCACAGGACGUCAUCUCAGACCUGCUGUGCAACCGAAUCGACAUCUCACAGCUGGUCAUCACCAAGGAGCUGACCCGCGCGGCCGCCGACUAUGCGGGCAAGCAGGCCCAUGUGGAACUUGCCGAGAGGAUGAGGAAGCGGGACCCCGGGAGCGCACCCAGCCUGGGAGACCGGGUCCCCUAUGUGAUCAUCAGCGCCGCCAAGGGCGUGGCUGCCUACAUGAAGUCUGAGGACCCCCUAUUCGUGCUGGAGCACAGCCUGCCCAUCGACACGCAGUACUACUUGGAGCAGCAGCUCGCCAAGCCGCUGCUGCGCAUCUUCGAGCCCAUCCUGGGCGAGGGCCGGGCCGAGGCGGUCCUGCUACGGGGAGACCACACACGCUGUAAGACCGUGCUCACCAGCAAGGUGGGUGGCCUCCUGGCCUUCACCAAGCGCCAGAGCUGCUGCAUCGGCUGCCGCACAGUCCUCAGCCACCAAGGAGCCGUGUGCAAGUUCUGUAAGCCCCGGGAGUCGGAGCUCUACCAGAAGGAGGUGUCCCACCUGAACGCCCUGGAGGAGCGCUUCUCACGCCUCUGGACCCAGUGCCAGCGCUGCCAGGGUAGCCUGCACGAGGACGUCAUCUGCACCAGGCUCGAGGGGCCGCACCUCAGCUGUCUGUACCCAGAUGGAGUCUUCUACGACUUGGACAGCUGCAAGCACUCCAGCUACCCUGACUCAGAAGGGGGCCCUGACUCCCUGUGGGGCUGGACUGAGGCCCCGGCUGUCCCUGCCGCCUCCUAUGAAGUCUUCGACCCAGCUGUGGUCACCUUUGGCCACCCCCAGGAUGUCCAGCUCUGUUAUGGACCCUCCUCAACCUACACCCCUGUGGGGAGCCUCGAUCCAGCCACCAGCCUGGAGGCCCUGGGGCCCGGCUUCCCAGCAUACCCCACGGAGGAUUUUCCCGGCCAGACCCUGGGCCCCCCGGCCUACGCCCCAUACCCCAGCCCUGUGCUGUCGGAAGAGGAGGAUCUCCUGUUGGACAGUCCCGCCCUGGAGGUCUCAGACAGCGAGUCGGAUGAAGCCCUCGUGGCUGGCCCCGAGGGGAGGGGAUCUGAGGCAGGGGCCCGCAAAAAGCUGCGCCUGUACCAGUUCCUGCUGGGGCUGUUGACUCGCGGUGACAUGCGCGAGUGCGUGUGGUGGGUGGAGCCAGGUGCCGGGGUCUUCCAGUUCUCCUCCAAGCACAAGGAGCUCCUGGCGCGCCGCUGGGGCCAGCAGAAGGGCAACCGCAAGCGCAUGACCUACCAGAAGCUGGCCCGCGCCCUGCGCAACUACGCCAAGACCGGCGAGAUCCGCAAGGUCAAGCGCAAGCUCACCUACCAGUUUGACAUUGCGCUGCUGCCGGCCGCCCGCCGGGCCUGAGCCCCAUGGGGGCUCUCAGGCUCCACGUCGGUGUCACGUUGGUGUCCCUUCACCCUAGGUCAUAGGACCCGUGGAUCCCCCGCUCUGUGGGGGUAGGGGACUGCCAUAACCCCUAAGCCCUGCUCAGGGCCCCUCUGGGAUUCCCUUGUCAUGUCCAGGGUCCCCAGGAUCUUCAGGGCUUGGGUCGCAGGACCCACUGACGACUAUAGUAAGCGCCUAUGUGGAGUGGGGUGGGGUAGUGCUCCCAGAACCCCAAGAGCUUCUCUGGGAUCCCCUUGUGAUGUCUGAUGUCCCCCAGCCAGGCUAGGGGCCUCUCUGAGACCUCUUGUAUGUCUGUUAUCCCUCAGUCUCACGUCGGGGAGGGGGAGCCACAGGUUUUCACACCAGGAGGGGCCACUGCCUGCAACCGGAGGCCCUGCCCAGGGUCUCCGGGGCGCCUUAUCAUGUCUCAGAUCUCUGUGACUCUUGUCUGCUCUGUCCUCUCAAAUCUCUUGGUCAUCUUCGAGAUCCCCUAAUUUGUAUGGAACUGCUCUCCUACUUUUUUGGGUGUGUUUGGAAUUCUCCAACCACGUUUAGGGAAACUCUGGGUUCUUUCCGUCGUGCCUGAAAGCGAUGGUCAGGUCUGUGGUGGGUGGAGGAACCUCAUGGAACCCUGUCCUGCCUGUGCCACCUCUGGUACCCCCUCGUCUGCUUGAGAUUCUCCAGUCACAUCUGUGCCCUCACUCCGGGAUUUCCACCUGAUAUGCCCUUUUGGGGCCCCCACCAGCAGCCCCCAGUUGUCAUGGGAACCACCCUCUCUCUUGGGGAAUUCUCUAUAGGUCCAUGCUGGGGGUCAUUCUGGCCACUCAGCUGCUUCCUGGUGCUGAUAUUUUAAUAGAAGGAGCUGAUAUUUUAAUAGAAGGAGGUUUCCAUGAAAUCUUUACUUAAAACUUCAAACAACCCAGCGACCAGCUUUGCCGUGUGGAGACAGACUAGAUCAAGGCCGUGUGCCCCCUACUAAUGGGCCUCUGUCCUCCAGCCUGUCCUGGACCCCAAGGCUGUCAUGCCCUGGUGACUUCUUUCGGUUGCCUUGGCCCUGAACCAUUUGCAUUUUAACCCCUGGUGUGAACCCAGAUGGAGGUGAAGCCUGGUUGGACUGCGGUUGUUCUGAUUGGAGCCCCGCCCCCCCCCGCCCCCCUGCCCCUACACUGGCUUCCCACUCAGAGGCUGCAGUGGAGUCCAGAGUCCAGGUCCCUGAGCCUGGGUGGCUGGGGCACCCCAGGUCAAACGUUGUUUCUGGGCCUCUAUUGUCCCUUCUGUGAAAGGGGAGAGGAAAGCGAGGAAGAUGCUGCAAGUCCGUCCGUUGCAGCCCUGUGGACAGGCCUUUGAUACAUCUGAAAUCCCCCACACACACACUGCUGGCCAGGGGGAUGAGGAAGGAGAACCGAGGACCGGGAGAUGGAAGAGGUCCUCACAGGGGCACAAAGUGGCUGGUAGCAGAGCCCAGGCUGGGACCUGCCCUGGAGAGAAGGACAGCCCCCUUCCCUACCUGGGGGGAGGGGGUGCCAGCGUGGGUGGGAGGGGCGUGUGGGGGACAAAUUGUCCUCCCCAGGGUCUCCUCUUGCAAAUGAGCUACCUUUUGCAAAAACUAUCACUCCAAGUGUGGAAUGGAAUAAAAUAAAAUAAAAUAAAAUAAAACAAAUCAAGGUA